AUGGGCUCAAAGACAGCUCUACGACGCAUUCAGUUAAUUCCUGAGCUUCAAAAGAAGUAUAAUAUCUUUACACACAUUGAUAAUUCAGCAGCUGAGAAAGUUUUACCAGAUGAUAGUGCUAACUCCAAUGCGCCGCUAUCGCACCUAGUUGCCGGUAUUAAGGACAAUAUUGUCACUAAGGAUAUGCCUACUACAUGUGGGUCAAAGAUUUUACUUGAUUAUAUGUCUCCAUUUGACGCUACUUGUGUCAAACUGCUUCGAGAUGCUGGUGCCUUACUAGUCGGUAAGACAAAUUUAGAUGAAUUUGGUAUGGGAUCAACAGGAAUUCAUUCCUACUUUGGUCCUGUUAGGAAUCCACUUUUCCCAAAUGAAAAUGCAGUUGCUGGUGGAUCUUCUUCUGGUUCAGCUGCAGCAGUAGCUGCUGGUGCUACUGAUUUUGCUCUAGGUACCGAUACUGGUGGUUCAGUGAGACUACCAGCAGCGUAUACAUCUACACUGGGUUUCAAACCCUCCUAUGGAAGAAUUUCGAGGUUUGGUGUCAUUGCAUAUGCUCAGUCUUUAGAUACAGUAGGGAUUCUAGCUAAAGACCUUUCAGUGUUGAGAAAAGUGUUUGGAGUCUUGGAUAAAUACGACGAAAGGGAUCCCACUUCAUUGAGCAAUAAGCUAAGGGAUGCUAUUUCUGACCGUCGUGUUAAAAGAAGUACUUAUAGAAUUGGAAUUCCCAAAGAAUUUGUGCAGGGUUCGAUGGCAAAGGAACUAAUGGAACCACUCUCCAAUUUCCUUGAAAAAUUGAUGAAACAAGGACACGAACUGUACCCAGUUUCUAUGCCAUCAAUGAAAUUUGCACUACCGGUUUAUUUCACGAUAUCACCUGCAGAGGCUGCUUCUAACUUAGCUCGUUUUGAUGGUAUUAGAUAUGGUACAAGAAGUGAAAAGGGUGAUUUAGAAGAUGGGACACUCUUUUCUCCUACAAGGGAUGCAUUUGGACAGGUAGUCAAAGAUAGAAUGGUCUUGGGAAAUUACAAUUUAUGUUCAGAAGCAUUUAAGGAUAGUUAUAUUAGAGCGCAACGCCUAAGAGUGAAGACGAUUGAUGAGUUCGAUAGUAUAUUUAGAUUCCCAAAUUUACUAACGGGUUCAAAAGGCAACGACGCUGGUUUGGAUCUCAUCUUAGGUCUAACUAAUGAUGGUCCACCACAAUCAAUUGAUCACUACCAUGAGGAAAAAGUAAGUUCUCCUAUCAAUGAAUACAAAAAUGAUAUUUUUGUUACCCCAAUGUCGCUGGCAGGAUUACCAGUAAUUUCUUUUCCAUUGAAGAGGGAUGCACCUCUGGGAGUUCAAUUUGCUGGCCAAUACGGUGAUGAUUCAACCGUCUUGGAUGCUUGUUCACUUCUUGUAGAUAACGAUAAUUGA